CAGCAAAUGGCUGUCAUGAGGAAUGACAAGGGUGAAUUCUGGUUGUUGCACAGGUUGAAAAUCAGUAAUGUCCACAUCUUGAAUUUCAAAGCCGAACCAACUCCUGAUGGCCAAGGCGUUCAACUGAGGUUCCCCACAUCUGCUGAUGUCUCCUUGACCCUGCCUCUCAUUGGGCAGGCAGUCCACCUGAACGUUACCUUGGACCUCCUGGCUACUGUCGAAGUUGAAACUGAUCCCAACAGUGGUGACUCCAGAGUGGUCUUGACAGAUUGCGCCAGCGACCCAGACAGCAUCUCAUUCACCUUGUUGGGCGAACACAGCACACUGGUCAACAAGCUCUCAGGCACCAUAAGCAGCCUCCUGAGCAACACUGUGUCCUUCCUGGUGCAGAACCAGAUGUGCCCACUGCUGCGUAUCUUCGUCAGCACCCUGGGUCCGCAGUUCGUUGAGAACAUCAUCAAUAACGGUCAGCAGGGAGCCGAUGUGCCAGCCAAUGCCUGAAGAGGGCAGAUGAGGUGGACUGCUGCGAUGCCCCCAGCUGAUUAAUUUCCAGUUGCUUGACCAUGUUUCCUUGCAGUAUCUCCCCCUGGGAAGAUGCUGCCACCAUCCAACUGGACUGAAAGCCUGAGACCAGAAGAAACCCUCUCAGCCACUCCUUGCCUUCACAGUGGAGACAGCAGUCUAUGCCCAUCACCCGCCCCCCUCCCCCAGCAAUAAAGGCCACUUCUGCAU